AUGCCAAGGAGCAUUCCUAUCCCCGCCCCCCUCCAAAAGGCACUGAUCGAGUGCUUUCGAGCAAUCGCGCGCCUGGUUCGACCAGGGUUUCGGCGUGAAGUAGUCCUAGUUGGUGGCGCGGCCAGUGUCGCGCAUAACUCGGUAUAUUACACUGAGGACGUAGAUGUUGCGGCCCCAAUGAAUGUCCUGUUGGACAUAUGGGUUGGCGUGACGGCCAACAACCCCGAGUUCACCCUGGAGCCUGAUGGUACGAUCUGUUUCAAUGCCCGCCAGGGAUUUCCGGUCCAGAUCAAUCUGAUCCAAAUUGGCGAUGGCCCUAUCGACCGCAUCUAUAAUGCGGAGCCCUUCUUUGAAGGGUCAGUAGCCUCAGUAUCGGACCUAUUACGGCUACGGGCCAUGUCGUAUGUCGACCGUGGGAAGUUUGGGGACGAUGUAGAUUUUCAAUGGUUAUUGUCGGAGGUGGCUCGAGGGGGCGAAGUUCUUCCAGAGCUUGAUAAUGAAGAGCGGGCGUAUAUCGCCAAGGCUGGAAGUUCCUUGCUAGGGAGGGCUGAGCGGCUGGUUUUACUGAGUGUACUGAGUGAAAAAGAUGCACUUGUGGUUUUCAAUAAGAUGUAA